GCCGCCGUACUCGGGCGCAGUUUAUCUACAGAUUACUUGCCUCCUGCUGGGAUUUCAGCCUCUUCUCCUUUGCUCUGCGAUUUUAUCCAGAAUGCUUUACUCACCUUGCCAAAGUCAGUCGACCCGCUGCGGCGUUGCGUUGACAAGCCACAUGAGCUUCUUGCCUGGCACAAGCUGAUCAAUGAAGCGUUAUCCUCUGCUACUAGUCAACUUGCAGCUCUUGAUGAAACUGGUGAUAUCCACCAUUUCUCUGGAACCGGAGGUGAUUAUAAUGAGCUUCUUGGAAUUGCAGGAACCAGUGCCCUUCGUAGAUACCGUACCUUUGCUGUACGCACAGCUGCAGCCUCAUCUGCCUCCCCUGUUUUAGCGUCUGCUGCAGGCCGCCUUCCUUCCGGAAUAGGUGGUAAUGGCGUUGCAAUGCGUUCGAAUCCUGACGCUGCUGGUGGGAGGGUCUUCGGCCUACCUUUC